CAACAAUACUCAUACCAUGGCUUCCUGCUUCCACCCUUCUGCUAUGGCUACAAGCCACCGCGAGGAAGACUCCAUCAUUCUUUUCUCAGCAUCAAACUCUCCUGAUGAAUUCUCCUCUGCUUCCUCUUCCUUUUCUUCUUCACCACUCCCAACCCCUAACCGCUACUCUUUAACCGUCACUAACCUAUCCUACACCAUCAAUCACACCCCAAUACUCAAUUCCGUUUCAUUAGCUGCUGAAUCCUCUAAAAUCCUAGCCGUGGUUGGACCGAGUGGAACAGGAAAAUCCACUCUUUUAAAGAUCAUUUCAGGAAGAGUGAACCACAAGGCACUAGAUCCGUCUUCCGCGGUUUUGAUGAACAAUCGUAAAAUCACUGACUAUAACCAACUACGAAGGCUAUGCGGGUUUGUCCCGCAGGACGAUGACCUACUGCCUCUACUUACCGUGAAAGAGACGUUAAUGUAUAGCGCCAAAUUCAGUUUGAGAGAUUCAACGGCUAAGGAAAGAGAAGAGAGAGUGGAGAGCUUGUUGAGUGAUCUCGGUCUUGUUCUCGUCCAAGACAGCUUCGUGGGAGAAGGAGACGAAGAGGAUCGUGGCGUUUCGGGUGGAGAGAGGAAGAGAGUCUCUAUAGCCGUUGAGAUGAUUCGUGAUCCACCAAUUCUGCUUCUUGACGAACCAACCUCUGGUUUGGAUAGUCGAAACUCGCUUCAGGUUGUUGAGCUUUUGGCUACUAUGGCGAAAUCCAAACAGAGAACCGUCCUCUUCUCCAUCCACCAACCAAGUUAUAGGAUCCUCGAUUACAUCUCCGAUUACCUGAUUCUUUCUCGCGGAUCGGUUAUCCACUUGGGAAGUCUUGAACAUCUCGAGGACUCGAUAGCGAAACUAGGGUUUCAGAUUCCAGAACAGCUGAAUCCUAUAGAAUUCGCCAUGGAAAUAGUUGAGUCCUUGAGAACUUUUAAGCCAAACUCGGUAGCUGUCGUAGAAUCAUCAUCAAUGUGGCCUGAAAACAACGAAAACGAUGGGAUUAUCUCUAAGAAAGAAGCGUUUCGUGUCCUAGACGUCACCGAGAUCUCAUACCUCUGCUCAAGAUUCUGCAAGAUCAUCUAUAGAACAAAGCAGUUGUUCCUGGCGCGAACAAUGCAAGCGGUUGUAGCUGGAUUAGGUCUAGGUAGCGUCUACACAAGACUCAAGCGUGACGAAGAAGGCGUUGCAGAGCGGCUUGGACUCUUUGCCUUCAGCUUAAGCUUCCUCCUCUCUUCAACAGUCGAAGCACUUCCCAUUUACCUCCGAGAACGUCGCGUUCUGAUGAAAGAAUCAUCUCGUGGAUCCUACCGAAUCUCAUCCUACAUGAUAGCCAACACCAUCGCAUUUGUACCGUUCCUCUUCGUUGUAUCUCUCCUCUUCUCCAUCCCAGUCUACUGGAUCGUAGGCCUAAACCCAUCGAUUCAAGCCUUCUCCUUCUUUGUCCUCUGCGUCUGGCUCAUCAUUCUCAUGGCCAGUUCUCUGGUGCUUUUCCUCAGCGCUGUUUCUCCUGACUUCAUCUCUGGUAACUCCCUCAUAUGCACUGUUCUUGGAGCCUUCUUCCUCUUCUCCGGCUACUUUAUCCCAAAAGAGAAGAUCCCAAAACCAUGGAUGUUCAUGUACUAUGUGUCCUUGUACCGUUACCCGCUGGAGUCUAUGGUGGUGAAUGAGUACUGGAGCAUGCGAGAGGAAUGCUUCUCCAGUGGGAACAUGGGCUGCUUGAUGACCGGAGAGGAUGUGUUGAAGGAGAGAGGGCUUGACAAGGAUACGAGAUGGAUCAACGUCGGGAUCAUGCUUGCCUUUUUCGUUUUUUAUCGAAUCCUCUGCUGGGGUAUUCUACUCAGGAAGGCUUCCAAGUCAACCCAUUAAAGAUUUCAUUGUAUAGGGAGAACUGUAUUCAGUCUUCUAUGUUCAUAUACAAUUACAACUUCUUUUUAACAUUUUUCGACAUCAGUUUUAUCAAGUUCAUUUGUAGCAGCAUUG